GCAGACAACGAUGAUGAUCUUCGAUGCUGCGACCACAGCGUCAUCGAGUGGCUGACAGUGAAACCGAAAAUGCAAUGGCGUUCAAGUUGCGACGGUAUAACUUCUUCGACAAGGAAGUCGUCAAGGACCCCGAGACCAAUAAAAACUUUGAGAAGCUCGAGGACGUGAGCGUGACAUGCAGCUCGAGCGGGCGUGGGCAGCUGGUGCUCGGGGAUGUGGAGGGCCACGUGAUCUACAUCAACCGGCAGCUGCAGAUGUCCGGCUUCAAGGCCUACGUACUCACCAUCGAGUUUCUGCAGCAGAUGCGAGAGAACUCCCUCCUAGUCACCGUUGGAGCUGAUGAAAAAGGAAUCAAUCCCCUGAUCAAAGUUUGGAACCAAGAGAAGGCAGACAAGCAAGGCAUUCCACUGUGUGUCAGGAUUGUGCGUGCUGUCGCGGGUAUCAAUGUAUCUCCCGUCAAGUCCCUCGCAGUACAUGAGAACCUCAACUUGAUGGCAGUUGGCUUUGACGACGGAAAUGUGCUUCUGUUUCGUGGGGACAUUACGCGGGACAGGCAGAGCAAGCAGACAGUGCUGCGUGUGGGAACGAGCCCGGUGAAUGCACUGGCCUUCCUCACGGUGAACAGGCCCAACCAGCAGAACAGUCACCUGUUCGCAGGCACCGCCAGCCAGGUCGUCUCCGUCAACCUCGCCGUCAGAGACAAGGAAACCAUGCAAGUGCUGGACUCGCACGGCUGUUCCCCUCAGUGUGCCACCAUGAGUGUGGUGAGCGACCCCAAGAAAGAGGACAGCCAGUUCAUUGUAGGGAGGCAAGAGGCGGUGUACUUCUACCACCCGGAGGGCCGGGGUUCCUGCUUGGCCUUUGAGGAGGAGAAGGUGAUCCUGCGCUGGUUCCGCAACUACCUCGUCCUGGUCUGCAAGGAUGCCAAGGCCCCAGUUGCCGCCGGCGCAGCGGCACGGAGCGGACUGGAGAAGACUGUGGUGACCAUCUAUGACAUCCAGAACAAGUUUGUUGCCUACUCGGCGCUGAUUCCGGGUGUGGUGGACGUUUUCUUCGAGUGGGGCUCUCUCUUUGUCCUGGUACAAGACGGAAAGAUGUACUGCCUACAAGAGAAGGACACCCAGAGCAAGCUGGAGGUGCUGUUCAAGAAGAACCAGUACUCGCUCGCAAUCAGCUUGGCCAAGAGUCAGCAGUACGACGAAGACGGUCUGAUUGACAUCUUUCGCCAGUACGGAGACCACCUGUACAGCAAAGGAGACCACGAGGGUGCUGUGCAGAUGUACAUAAAGACAAUUGGCAAGCUGGAGGCCUCUUACGUCAUUCGCAAGUUUCUGGAUGCACAGCGCAUCAACAACCUGACGGAGUACCUGCAAGAGUUGCACAGGAAGGGCGCAGCCUCUGAGGACCACACCACCCUGCUCCUCAACUGCUACAUCAGGCUGGACGAGAACGACAAGCUCACGCAGUUUAUCAUGACGGAAGGACGUGCUAUUGACUUUGACGUGGAGACGGCCAUCCGGGUGUGCCGGCAGGCGGGCUACUUUAGCCAGGCCCUGUACCUGGCGGAGAAGCACGGUUGCGACGACCUCUACCUCCACAUCCAGCUGGAGAACUGCAGGGACUACCUCAAGGCCCUGCACUACAUCUCCAGGCUGCCCUUCAGGGAGGCUGAAGACUACAUGAAGAAAUAUGGCAAAGUGCUGCUCAAUGAAAUUCCUGAAGAGACUACACAUCUAUUGAAGCGACUGUGCACAGACUACAGGCCAAGCAAUGCCCCCUUGGUGAACCAGAGUAUGUUGGAUGGUGCUCCACCCCCCCAAGAGCAGAAGUCGCAUCCCGAAGACUUCAUUCACAUCUUCGUCAACAAGUCGGACAAGCUUCUAGAAUUCCUCGAACACAUGGUCAAGGUUCAGCCCAACUCCUCGAGCCUAGUUUACAACACGCUACUAGAACUGCACCUGCAGGCUCAUAACCACGAACCGGACAGUGCGGAGAAGAAGCUUCGGGAACAAAAGAUCAUGGACAUGUUACGGAGCUGGGAGUCUAUGUAUGACCUUGACCAAGCGAUGGUGCUGUGCCAGAUGAACAACUUCAGGAGGGGCAUUCUACACCUGUACGAAAAAGCAAAGCUGUAUCAGCAAAUCCUGUCGUACCACAUAGAAAAUUCGGAAUAUGACAGCGUCAUCAAGAUAUGCGAGCGAUUCGGAACUAAUGACCCAAAUUUGUGGAUUCAAGCCCUCUGGUUCUUUGCACAGGCUGGUGAAAGUCAGAAGACUUACUUCAAGACUGUUCUGGAACAGAUCGAAAAAGGAAAGCUGCUUCCCCCGAUCAUGGUGGUGGAAAUUGCGUCCCGCAGCCAGACAGCAACACUGUCACUCAUCAAGGACUACCUGAUCCGGCACCUGCAGAGCGAGAACAGGCAGACGGAGGAGAAUGAGCGCCUCAUGAACCAGUACAAGGAGGACACGGCAAAGGCUCGCAGCGAAAUCGAAGACCUGAGGCACAACCCAAAAAUUUUCCAAGUGUCCAAAUGCUGCGGCUGCAACCACCAGCUGGAACUGCCUUCUGUCCAUUUCCUCUGCGGGCACUCGUACCACCAACAUUGCUUUGAAAACUACGCCGAGAGCGACACUGAGUGCCCAGAGUGCCUGGCCAAAAACAGCAAAACACUGGACAUCCUCAGGUCCCAAGAGCAGACAAAAGACCUUCACGAACAGUUUCACCACCUGCUGGAGCGAUCCGAGGACGGCUUCUCCGUGGUGGCGGAGUACCUGGGCAAGGGUCUGUUCAACAAGGUGACCCUGCUGACAGACGGUGCCGGCGCCCCGCACUCCAAGCCCGGUCCGAGGAACGCCCGUCCCCCGACUGGGUCCGGGCUUCCGCUGCACGUGCAGAGGGACGUGCUACUGCAAUGAUCCGGCCGGCCGCUCGUCGGCCCAUUUCCAAAGACUAGCAAAGUUUUGUCGGCCAACUUGUAACAUAGGACCCGCAAUACAGCCACAAUGCCCGUCCCUACGGAGGCACGUUUUUAAUGUAAAUAAACGUAGGAUGCUUUCACCCGUA